AAGUCAUCUUCAUCUCUACUUACUUCUUUCUCUCUCUAACCCUAAACAAAAGCACUCUUUCUCUCUCUCUCAACCACUAAAACACUCAUCCACGCACACUACAUGGCGUCGGACGCCGUCAAAUAUAUGCCGAUUCACGGCGGAACAACAACAACAACCGCCGCCGCCGCAGCAGAGAUAAGAAGCUUCAUCUCCGCCGUGAAACCGAAAAAAACAUCGACAUUCGCUUACGCCUUCGUGAUCACCUUCGUCUCUUUCACUCUCUUCUUCGCGUUCAGUCCUUCUCCGAACUCAAGCUCUCCUUGGUUCUCCAACAUCUUCUCUUCCUCCUCCUUCUCCUCCAACACCACCACCGCUUCAGUCUCCUCGAUCUUCUCCUACAUCAUCCCCAAUGUCACUUCAACGAACCCCACCAAUAGAUCUAGCGACGCCGCCGCGUCUAACACCACCGUCCCCGUCUCCGUUAACUCCACUUCUCCUUCCCCAAGCUCGAGUUCUGUCGUUAAAAACACUACUUCGCAAGCACCGCCGCCGGGAAACCAAACACCAGUUGAUAAAAACACGACCUUUGAAUCUCCGGUCGUAAACCGGACCGAACCGGUUGCGAAAACCAACACGUCGCAGCCUCUGCUUCCGACAAAAUCGACUAAUCAGUUGCCUACCGCCGAUGAAGCUCCGUCGCCGUCGAAAUCACCGGUGUCGGUGGUGGAUCCGACAUCCAAUUCCACCUCAUCGACUCCUUCUAAACCGGGGAAGCAAACCGGUUCUGUUUCUUUAUUGGAACAAGAGAUCGAGAAGUGGAGCGAGUCUCUCAAGGGCUGCGAGUUCUUCGACGGCGAAUGGAUCAUGGACGACACGUAUCCACUUUACAAACCCGGUUCGUGUAAGAUCAUCGACGAACAGUUCAACUGUAUCUCAAACGGAAGACCCGACAAAGACUUUCAGAAACUCAAGUGGAAACCUAAGAAAUGUAGUUUACCGAGGUUAAAUGGAGGUAUUAUGCUGGAGAUGCUUAGAGGAAGAAGGCUAGUUUUCGUGGGUGAUUCUCUGAAUAGGAACAUGUGGGAGUCUCUGGUUUGUAUGCUUAAAGGAUCAGCUAAAGAUGAGAGUAACGUCUAUGAAGCUAGUGGUAGACAUCAUUUUCGUGGGGAGGCUGAGUACUCCUUCGUCUUCCAGGAUUAUAAUUGCACGGUGGAGUUCUUUGUUUCACCGUUUUUGGUCCAAGAAAAUGAGAUUGUUGACAAGAAGGGAACAAAGAAGGAGACGCUACGUCUUGAUCUGGUUGGGAAGUCUUCGGAGCAGUACAAAGGAGCUGAUAUUAUUGUCUUUAAUACCGGACAUUGGUGGACUCACGAGAAAACAUCCAAAGGGGAGGAUUAUUAUCAAGAAGGGAGCAAUGUGUAUCACGAACUCGCGGUACUCGAAGCUUUCCGUAAAGCUUUGACCACAUGGGGUCGAUGGGUUGAGAAGAAUGUGAACCCUGACAAGUCCCUUGUUUUCUUCCGUGGCUACUCGGCCUCGCAUUUCAGCGGUGGGCAAUGGAACUCGGGAGGAGCGUGCGAUAGCGAAACGGAACCGAUCAGGAACGAGACGUACCUGACACCGUACCCGGAUAAAAUGAAGGUGCUAGAGAAAGUGUUAAGGGGUAUGAGAACGCCUGUAACGUAUCUAAACAUCACCAGAUUAACGGACUACAGAAAGGAUGGCCACCCUUCGGUGUAUCGGAAACAGAGCUUAUCGGAUAAAGAGAAGAAAACGCCGUUGCUGUAUCAAGACUGCAGCCACUGGUGCCUCCCUGGUGUUCCAGACUCUUGGAACGAGAUCCUCUACGCUGAGCUGCUGGUCAAACUCAAUCAGCUUGGCCAAACACAACGGAAACCUUAAAAAGGUUUUUUUUCCAUCUCGAAUACUUGUUUGAUCUCUGGAUUACUUCGGUUUGAUUGUUUUUAGUUGGUUAUAGAAUGUGUAGAGUAAAAAAAGAUGAAAAGCAUGGUUUACUCUCUUAUAUCUUUGCUACAAUUUAUUGUAAAUGCUUUUGUUACCACGGUUACUAUACUUGGCUCCAAAGAAAUAUUUUAUAAUGGAAUUGAUUACAGUGAUUGAUGUUUA